CAAAGUCCAUUCCCAAUUAGUCAAUAGUCAUAAAGACAUAUACAUAAGAGAAACAGUGAAUGCUAGUGAUAUAAAGAGGGAAAAGAGAAACAAAUAAAACAAAGCAACUUUAGCAAGUUAAAGAAACCUUGUGAUCAUGGUAGUUGCCACCAUGGCAUGGCGUCAGAAGACGGUGGUCCCGGGGGCUAACACCCUUGGCAUCCUUGCCUUCGAGGCCGGAAAAACCAUGAGCCACCUCAUUUCCCUCUACCACUCCCUCUCGGACGAGGAAAUCAUCAAGCUUCGCAAAGAGGUGAUCAAAUCCAAAGGGGUAACAUACUUGAAUUCCCAACAUGAAUGCUUCCUUCUCAACCUCGCCGCAGCAGAGCGCCUUGAGGAGCUUGACACGGCAGCCGACACUGUCUCGCGGCUCGGCCGGAAAUGCUCCGAUCCGAGCCUCAGCAGCUUCGACCUUGUCUACGCCGACCUCAAGCUUGGCCUCAUCGACCUUCGAAAGCUGAGUUACGGUACUCGCAACACCCCGAAGAUUAUCUCCAAAAUUGAGAAGCUUGUCUCUUCAACCAAAAGUCUUCAUUCUGCCAUGCAUUGCAUGGCGGAACACGAGACUUCCGAGAAGAAGAAACAAAGAUUGAAGACAGUUAUGAGACCCAUUAAUUAUAACAACAACUACAACGCAAAACAAAACAACAUGGAAUACUUGAACGAGCAGAUAGCGUAUCAAAGAAAACAAGUACAGCAUUACAAGGAAGUUUCACUAUGGAGCCAAACAUUGGACAAAACCGUUGGGAUCAUGGCUAAGGUGGUUUGCAUUGUCUACGCUAGAAUAUGUUCCGUUUUUGGAGGCUACAUUUCUAAUUGCAACUGCUAUGAAAUCAAUGAUGACAACAACAUCAACAACAAUUGCUGUUGCCUCUUGGAACACCGCGAGUUGUACAAGAAAAAUUAUUGUCUCUACGAGGAAUCACUUCAGAAGCGUGUCACAAGAUCCGGUCCAAUUCCGAAGGCUAGUAAUAACAACAAAACCGGUGUGAUACGGUUCUUGAACCGUGAAGUUGAUAGGCCAAUGAGUAAUGUUAAUAAUAGGGUUUUGAGGCUGGCGCCGCCGUCGACGGUGGGCGGGGCGGGGCUUGCAGCGAGGUAUGCGGAGGUGGUUUUGGCGGCGGAACGGUUGCUGCACGCGCCGGCAACGGUGGCGGAGGACGCGCGGGAGAGGUUUUACGAGAUGUUGCCGGAGAGGGUGAGACAAAAGGUGGCGGCGAAGCUGAGGGGGCGGUGGAGGAGGGAGGAGGAGGGGGAGGCGCUGGCAGAGGGGUGGCGGGACGCGGUGGAGAAGAUGUUGGAGUGGCUGUCGCCGGUGGCACACGACACGGUGCGGUGGCAGGCGGAGAGGAGCAUGGAGACGGCGAGGUUUGAGACGAAGACAACGGCGCUGCUGCUGCAGACGCUGCAUUACUCCGACUUAGAGAAGGCGGAGGCGGCCAUUGUGGAGGUGUUGGUGGGGUUGAGUUGCAUAUAUUAUUGUGAGAGAAGGUGUUGGCAGGGACAUAGUUAUAGCUGUGGAUGAAGUUUAAAAUUUAGAGCAAGGGAAAAUGAUGCAUGGAAAUGAUAAUAGGCAAGGAUUUUGGAGCCCCUUUUGAUUGAUUUGAUUUAUUUUUUUAAUUUUUUUAUAAUUACUAGUUAGUGCUGACAAAUUGGUGCUACUUAUGAGUGGUAAGAACAAUUUUGUGUUUAGAAGUUAGCAUAGAGUGAAAUAAACGAAUGUCCAAGUUGUGUUCUUGUGUUUUAGUCUUAGAAGGGUAUGGUAACAGGAGAAAAGCAGUGGAUGUUUUUUUCUUUUGGUUCGUUAAGGAUGUAAGUUACGUCAACGGCAUUUGGUAUAUCUUAUCUGUUCUCAAAAUGAUUCUUUAGUAAGCAUACAACAUUUUCAAAUCUCUA